GCAUCACUCCGUGACAAACAUCGCCGGAUGCUUUAUAUUUACAAUUUCGUACAGUGGCAACGUGUUUGUAUUGCAAACCUCUCUUUCUCUCAUUUCAAUUUCUGCUCUGCGUCGAUAGUGAGUUAGUGUGUGCACGGAGCAUACAUUUAAAGUAGGCCGUGAUUUUGAAUUAUCCAAAAUGUAAAUGAGAAAAGGAUAGACAAACAUAACACAAGUGCGUCGCGGCAUAGACAUCAAGUAUGCGUCGUACAAAUACGCCAAGUCUGUCAUUUCGUAUCUACGGAUUUAAUGGUUUAAAAAGAGCACAUUUAGCCGAAUAAUAACAAAGAGAAAAAAAAGCCGAUCGUUUCAUUUGAAUUUUUUACGCGUGGAAAAAACUCGAAAUGUCGUCGACGCCAAAUCGCAGCACGCACACAAGCACAAACCAUUCGGAACAUGCUGAAGGUGAAAUGCACGAAGAAGACCAUGUACACGUCGUGGAAAAUGUUAUUUCAAUGUACCAGGCAAACAAAAUCGACAAAAAGAAUGUUUGGAAUGUUGCGUUAAUCGAUGUACUCGACACUUUAGUACGGAAUCACAAUGCAUACAUACGAAAUUUUCGGAACAUUGGCAUUUCCUUGGAUGCUACGAUGAAAAUUUAUGAAGUGCGGGUUGAUUCGGUUUGCAACGACGUUCAUCGGCUGAGAUAUGGCGUUGGAUCGAAUGCUAGAAAUGUGCCAAAUGCAAAAAAUGAUCCAGCUGACAUCAACGAUCAGAAUUGUGAUGACCAGAUGGAAGAAACUCCACAGAAAAGACGAAAACAGCGUAAGAAACGGCGAACAGUUAACAUGAAUAUUGCCCGUGAAUAUCAUAUGAAUGCUCCGCUAAAUAUGAUAUCACUACCAGACGAUUUGACAUACCGAUUGAAUGAGAUAAGUGGCGAUGCAGCGGAUGCAAAUCGAUUAUUCACGACAAUAUUGCCAACCAAAAACGCACUUCUUCAACUGUUUGCCAAGGAUAAGUUCUUCAGUACAAGAGUCUAUGACCCGCUUGAGUUUCAAGAUGAUUGCAUGUACGAAAAUAUGGAAAUUGUCAUACUACCGAUUGAUCUCAGGUUUGGCGAGCAGUUACCCAUUCGGCAAAUGCUGUCGGGCUAUCGCAUUCAAGAUAAUCCAAUCGACGAUGACGACGACGAACCCGAAGACAUGUCGUUUGUUCAUAGUGAUAUAGCACAGGAUUAUGCGUUCGACCCCGAUUUUGAUGUGAACCAAGCAAAUCCUAUGUGGGUGUCACAAGAAGACGUGGUCGCCGAACAAGAUUUAAAUAACAAUUUUGAUAACGCAUUAGAAUGCGAUGAUAUCGAGAAUGCGGACGCUCUGUCGGUGCAUGACAUAUCGAAAGGCGAGUAUUCAUAUCGGGCAAUUGCAAAUAUUCGCAAUUACUGGGCAGGUCCAUCCUAUUGGAAAUUCGCAUUGAAUCGCCAAAGUUCACACAGUACUCAAGCAACCAUACGAAGUAAACGCGGUCAACGAGUGAAGAAGAACCCAGAAAAGCCUUCUUUCAACGACUGUCCGGACAACGACUCGUCGGACAAUGAUGGUUUUAUCAAAGUCAAAUCGAAAGAAGCCAAAAAAAUCCGACGUAUCAAUUACCGACGAUGGUCACCAGAGAAAUUGAUGCUUCCAGAAAAGUGUGAUAUUUCAAAGGAUUUGUUCGAAUUCUACCAGUUUGAACCAUCGUGUAAUGUACUGCAGCAUCGUCACUCGGAACCAAUGGCAGAGUCUAAUGAGAAUUCAAAUCAUGAAGACGAUGAUGAUGACUUUUUCCAAAUGGAUUUUGGAAGUCCACUUCCAGCGGGAGACUCGGACGAAAAUAUUUUGAAUUUUGAAGCAGCAGAAGAUGCAGCAAAUAUAAGCCAAAACUGGGACCAGGCACCUCAACCGAUGGAAAAUAUUCAAAUUGCAUUCGAUAAAAAAGCAAAAGUCGUCAACAUCGGACGAUUGAACAGAGCCACAUUGCAGUCGAUCGAUCGACAACUGGUUUCGACGGCUGCGAAUGAAUCGGCUCAGAAUUUAGACGCAACACAGCCACUCGAACCAGGAAGAGCCACAUUCUCGGGCAUUUUCCGGGAUCAUCGAAUGAACUUCCGAAAGUUUGUUAAAACCAAAUCGGAUUUGACGACCGGACUGGUUCUGUUCUCCGUUCUGAAUGCAGUCAACAAGGAACGUUUACACAUAAACAGACGGCCAGAUGAUGACAAUGAUUUUGACAUCGUCCAAUUGAAAAAGAUUCAAAGAUUGUCUUAAUACAACGAAAAUUGUCCAGUUUUCCAUUGCGUUGAGCAAUUAUUUAUUAUCAGAAAUAAGAAUGAACUGUGUUUUUGUACAAAUCAAGCAUAAUGCACGAAUCACAUAUAAAUAAUUUCGGUUUAAAAUUGCAUUCCAGAGGAAGAAUAUCGUAUCAUGUGAAAGAAAAUUGUUUGUUGAAUAAAAUGAAAUUUUGUUAUGUGUUUUUGAUGUGGGAA